AUGGAGCCCCAUACUGGCGCUAAGCCUAAUGCCGACUACGGUCGCUCACCCCUGACACGGCGGUCCACCGUCACCAAGUCUGCCUCCACUCUGCCUGGCCCUCCACCUCUGCCCCUGGCGCUGCCGGCCAAUGAACGCGGUAGCGCCGCCGCCGUAGACAUGGCCACGGCCACGGCGACGACCACAUCCACGCCUCUGUCAACCGACUUCCAUCACAAUUCACCGAACAGCAGGCACAUGGCGACUGGCCUUCCCGUCAUCGCGCCGGCAAUUGUUUACCCUGCUGCGGACGACGAUUACGGGGACGACGCUGAAGGUGCCCCGAGAGACUGGCGACACAAUAGCGGCAGCAGCGGCGACGCUAUCGAGACCACCAUCAUCUCCUUGGCCUUCGACGAUCACGACCAGGAUGAUACUGGCUCCCACAGUCUAGCCGCUCCAUUGCCCCCAUCCCCGUCACAGUCUCCGUCACAGGACAAACGCAGCAAAUCCCAAGGCCUCUUGCUUUCGCCAACCUACAAGCCCCCCAUCUCCCCGCGAUCAACAACCUUCUCGUCCGACACCUUCCUUCAUCCCGAUCACGCGAACCUGAGCCUUCUGCGGUCCCCAUCGCCCGACCCCAGUUCCUUUGCAAUGGCGAGCCAGGACGGGUCUGCGUCUCCCACCACGGGCGAGUCCAGUGCGCCGCCAAAAAACCCCUUCAACUUCCAGACCCAGAUCAUCUCUUCGGGGCCCGUCAAAUCUAAUAUCGGUCAACGCCGCGGCCAUCGCUACAAACACUCAUCCAUCAGCGCCCAACAUUCCUUCUUUCAGGAACCCCCACCGCGCCCACCGCCCGUCCUUCCCGCUUCCCUCCCUAUCCCGACCUUCAAGGAAGCAUGGCAUAGCAUGCAGAAGCUUCAGCGCAUGCGCUUCUGGUGGUGCUGCUGCCACGCCGCCAUAGCCGGCUACGUCUUCCUCAGCGCCGAGGGCUCGCUCGCCAUGACUGCCCUCUCGCAUCUGGUCGCCUUCGACGUUGGUUCUGCCGCCGUCUGCGUCGCCGUCGAUGUCCUCGGCAACUUCGAAGUCUGGCGGCGGUCCAGCAUCCGACACCCCUUUGGUCUGCAGCGCGCCGAGGUCCUCGCCGGUUUUGCCAUGUCCGUCUUCCUCGUCUUCGGCGGCUUCGACCUGCUCUCGCAUAACAUCAAGCACGCGCUGGAAAACGUAGGCGAGCAUGCGCCUCACCACCCUCUACCGGACACCCUGGACGACACGAGCGCAAACCUGGCCUCUUCGACGCCGAUAGCGCACAUCCACGCCCACGACGCCACCACCCCGCGCGUCUCGGCCGGCGCCGUCGACUUCGCCAGUCUAGCCGCCAUCCUCAGCACAUUGAUAAGCGCUUACGGCCUGCGCAACCACAGCCGCAUCGGUCGCGUCAUGCGCGUGCCCCUGCCAUACCUGCGCAAGCUCCUGCCGCACGCAGGCAUCCUGUCCAACCCGUUCCACCUGCUGACUACGUUCUUCGCCUGCGUCAUGCUGCUCCUCCCGCUCCUCAGCAUCUCGUACUUCGUCUGGCUCGACCGGCUCAUUUGCGCCUCGAUAGCCGUCAGCAUGUUUGUGUUGGGCACUCGUCUGGCGAUUGCGCAGGGGCUGAUGUUGUUGAUGAGUUAUUCUGGUCCAAGAGAUAUCUCGCGUUCUCCGCCAUCUACAGCGGCAUCCUCGGAUAAGAAAAUGGACAGUUUGGCGGCAGGAGAGAAUAACAACAACAGCCAAGUCUCAGCCGUCGUCCGCGAGAUCGAAUCUGAACCCCAAAUCAAGCGCGUCGAAGAGGCUCAGUUCUGGCAGGUGCACUACGGUCUAGCCAUGGCCAACCUGAAGGUUUGUCUGGCUACCAAAGGGAUGGAUGACGGCGCGCUGGCGCAGCUGAGAAGUCGGUUGGCGAGGUUAGUGCAGAGUCGGUUGGGUGAAGGGUAUGGAAGGGGGUCGAAUUUAAGGUGGGAGGUUACGGUGCAGAUGAGUACGGAUUCUACGUAGCUGUGCAAACUUUGAAGGAAUAUUAUGUACAAGGAUAAUGGCUGGGAUUUUUUUGGGUGACAUAAAUAAAGCUUGUUCGCUUUGGAAUUGGAAAAGAGGAUAGGCAUGGUCCUUUGAUGAUGAUGAAGAUAGUUUCGUUGGCUAUUUUGCCAGCGCGUGUUUACUCAGGAAGCGAGAAGAGGCAAAGUAAAAUCUGGCGAACUUAUUAUCAGACAAGCGUUUCUGCAACG